CGCCCGCGGCGCAGGGGGCGGGCCGAGGCGCGGUCACGCGGCGCCAUCGCAGCGCGCCGGGCGCGGCGGACAUGGGCGCUUUCGCUUGGCGUUGGGCGCUGCGCGCCGCUCGCCUCCCCGGCCGCGGCGGGACGGCUGUUAGGGCGCCGCGCCACUCCCCGGCCCGCCGGCCGGCCGCGGCCAUGUCUUCUGGCUCCUCGUCCUCAAGGGCAAGAGAGGAAGUUCUAAGAGACAAACGUGCCCAAAUUCUGUCACGUGGCCUUCCAAAACAAAAACCAAUAGAAGGAGUUAAACAGGUAUUGGUUUUGGCUUCUGGAAAAGGGGGAGUUGGAAAAUCAACAGCAGCAGUAAAUAUAGCCCUCGCACUAGCAGCAAAUGAUUCGACGAAAGAAGUUGGCCUGCUUGAUGCAGACAUAUAUGGGCCUUCAAUUCCGAAGAUGAUGAACUUGAAAGGAAACCCAGAAUUAACACCAAAAAACCUAAUGAGGCCUCUUAAGAACUAUGGCAUUGCAUGUAUGUCUAUGGGUUUUUUGAUAGAAGAGACUGCUCCAGUUGUGUGGAGGGGGCUCAUGGUAAUGUCUGCUGUUGAGAAAUUGCUGAGACAGGUUGACUGGGGCCAGCUGGACUAUUUAGUAAUUGACAUGCCACCUGGAACAGGAGAUGUGCAACUGUCAGUGUCGCAGAAUAUUCCUAUUGCAGGGGCUGUGAUCAUCUCCACUCCACAAGACAUUGCUUUAUUAGAUGCACGCAAAGGAGCUGAAAUGUUUAGAAAAGUCCAUGUACCUGUUUUAGGACUUGUUCAAAAUAUGAGUGUUUUCCAGUGCCCCAAAUGUAAGCAUGAGACACACAUUUUUGGAGCUGAUGGUGUAAGAGAUCUAGCAAAAAGUCUUGGAUUGGAUAUUUUAGGAGACAUUCCACUACAUGUUAAUAUAAGGGAGACAUGUGAUUCAGGACAGCCUGUUGUGAUCUCACAGCCUCAAAGUGAUGCUGCUAAAGCCUAUCUAAGGAUAGCUAUGGAAAUAGUAAGACGACUGCCAGUACCUCCUGCUUGAAGUGUUUAUCAUUAAAACUUACCAAUAAAGCAGCUGAAGAAGAGGCCUGCCACUUAAUUAUAUGGACUCCAUAUUUGAUUUCUAAGAACUUUUUAAAAGUUAGUUUCCCCGAGUUUAAAAUAUGAUUGUGAUAUUUACUGUUUUUCAAAUCAUUAUCUGGCCAUGUCCAAAUGGACUGAAGUAUGCAGAAGAUGAUAGAUGGUAUUUAACUGCUGGUUUGUAAGAUCAUCAAACAAGAAGAGACAAAAGUACGGCCCUCGGAUGUCUUCCAUUUUAACAUCAAGAAUAAAAAGCAUCCUCUCCAGCCAAGCAGAACGAUAAGGAUGCUGAGGCAUAAACCCUGCUUAAAAGAUGGCAUUUGCAGUACUCUAAUUCCUGUAUGUUUUGUUUCAGCAUUUUAUUUGCUUGUAUAAUUACCAGCCUGACCAUAAAUAAGGUUUGCAAAAUUUGAAGUAGCAAAGUCAGUUAUAUAACGGCAAUGUGUUUGUGUCUUCAUCUUAAAAAAACAGAAGAAACCUGAACCCCCCCUCGCAUAUACUCUUGAAGAUUUUUUUUAUAGUGGAUCGUGAGCAAAUUCUCUUAUUACUAGAUAAUGUUGGUUCAUGAGGUAAUUCACAGUUUAUUGGAUAAUGGACUACAUGACCCGUAGGCAUGUUUCUUGACUGCAUUGCAUUGUAAUAGACCCAGAUAGAAGACUAGGUAACAAAAGGUCUUCACUGAAAGCCAGAUGCUGCACCUGAGAUCACUUUGGCAGGAGAUGCAAAUGAUCACGAUAAAUUAAAUUCAUAAUUGCAUACUCUUAAUACAAUGCAGCAACUUCAACUUUGAAUGUAAAGCUACAACUCGGAAGGAAAGAAAGAUUUGAUCUUCAAACUGCAUGGCCUUCUGUUUUUGUUUUUUUAUUGCCUUGUAUUCGGUGAUCUUUACUUUUCUGUUGGUGUUUGGAAAUGAAGAAAUACGCCUUCAGAGAAUGAGUUUCCAUUUACAAUUAAAUGUUUCGGUUGACAUUUAGGCUUGCUUGUCUACACAGUCAAGUAUAGAUAUCUUAAACGUAAAAUUUUAACUGUACUGAAAUCUAGAGAGUUUUGUUAUUGACCUCAGUGAGACCAAGAUUUUUCCUCUGGUCCAAGGAAGUACUCGUAAAUUUUGAAUUAGUUGUUUUUCCUAUUGAAGUGAUAGAACAUAAAAGGUUAAUGUUGCAUUAGGAGCAUUUAAAUCAUACACACCCAGAAUUUGCAUGAGAAAGGUAGACACAAAUUACAGGUUGAAUUUUAAGCUUUAGCUGAUUUUGCAAACAUAAAUUAGGUACUCCAAAACUGUUGGUCUCUUACUUCCAGAAAGGGAGGAGAGAAGGGAUGAUUCUCAUGCCAGCGGGAGUAUCUGCAGGUUCCCAGAAGACCUUGCCAUAACAACAAUAUUGGGCUUGCAGGUGCAAGGCUGAGAGAAUAACAGCAGGUGAACAGUAACAAGAGAAAAAUACACAGCAGUUUAGAUGAAAGAUUAUAAAACUGCAAGUGAAAGGCAGGCUACACAAUUGCAAACAGCUUUAGCAUUGCAAAGGCUAAGGCAGCUAAGGCACUGUGCACGAAGAUGAGGGGUUUCAGGUACUCCAGCAGUGCGGAUAGAGUCUGCAACCCUGAGACUGACAUAUAAACUCCAUACUUCCAUACCUAAAUUGUUCCUUUAACAAAGGGAAUGUGGCAUCAUUCCUGUCUUUCCAGAUCUCACUGGUGUGGGAAGCAUCUCUGUGCUGACUUUUUCGCAAAGAUUGCAGUGCUUGCACAGGAUACAAGACACUCAUUCUGUGCUCUGCUUUACUUGAAAAGAUUCAAAUCCAUAGCUCCUAACCUUAGGAGAAUUCCUCAGCCACCUGGUUUAGACUUUGCUAAGGAGAACCAGGAAGUAUUCAUCACUUCUUCUGAAGAAGCCGUAUUGGUUAUGCAAGAGAUAAGGAAUAUAGUCCUAAUUACAGCUAAUUUUUUUUAGUCUAAUGACUUGGACUGUAUUCUGGUCCUUGCUUCCAGCGUUAUUGAUGAACUUUCCUUAAGGAUUCUGGGAAUAAAAUGCAUAAUUAAUUCUUUGGAUAAGGUCUGACAUCUGAGGUGCUUACAGAAGUAGGAAAAGGUUUUGAGGCUUCUGCUUUUGGAUUUUGAUACCUGUGUGUCACUUUAGGCUCUCAUGGCCACAUCUGGGCCUAUAUUGUUAUGCUCUUUAUUUAAUAGGAGGGCUUCCUAAUGGAGCUGGUUGGAGGGACAGGUUCCUGCUUAGGGACUCAUGGCAAUAAGAUGAAUCUGGAUUGCUGAUUUAACUUCAGAAUUGACUUAUAAUGACAGAAGUUAUCAUUUCUUAUAACGAUUUUUUUUUAUUAUUUUGGCAGCAUAUCAACCAAGGUUCCAGUGUGUCAACCACAUAGCACAGAAACAUAAAAGAAAAAUUUCAUUCAUGAAAUAGCUUGCAGUCUAAAUUUAGGACUUAUCUUUUUUGUGGGUUCUGUUUUACACUGUAAAGAUAUUAGACUGGCAAAAAGUAUAUCCAGUGGUCUGUGUUUUUCCAUUAUCUUCAUAUAUUCAGUGAGAGUUUUCAGCUUCUUUUCAGAAAGGACAGGCACAGCUUGUCAUUCCUUAUGCACUUGUUAUUCUCAGUUUCUCUGUUUGUAUGAGCCUGGAUCUGAAUAUUCACUUUAAUCAAUGCAAAUAAAUAAUUUCUCCUAGGGAGUACAUGAGUCUUUAAACAGGCUAGUGGGGAGAACAUCUGUUGUCUUUUAACAUCAUUUUGAGGGUUCACAGAUUUAGUUGAAGAGUUUUCCCUCAUACCACUGGGAUUUUCUAAAACUUGUGUUAUUUCCUGUGGUCCAGAGGUUGUUUCGUCUUUCCUGUGAGGAGGAAGAAAGAAAACUCCUCACGCUCUUGCUUCCCUCACGUAUAUUUCCUGUCACUAAGCAAGGUCUAUUUCAAGAACACAAACUUUUGGUUACUUUAUAAAUAAGCAGUUUUCAUUAAAAUACAUUUUAUGGUGUCAGAAUAAUUUCCUGUCCUUUCUCCUUUCAGGGAUAUAUUUUUCCAAAACUGAUUUUGAAGAAAAGCUAUGAUAUAAUUUUAAAGCUUAGUUUGGCUGCAUAUUUGGGAGAACUAAACAAUGUGAGAAACUUUUUUUUUUUUUUUUUUUUUUUUGAAGUCAAGCCCAUACGCUAGUUGUAGUAGAUUUAAUUUUGGAGUGUUCCUCUGGUGUGUGAAUGUUGUAAAUAUUUUUGCAUUUCAUUAAGUAAAACUAUUAAAAUGAACAAAAGCUCAGGAGCCUGAACAUUUUCCUGCUCAACAGUCAGCAUUUUGGGGGUGGUGUGAGAUUUGUUUGUAGGAGGGUCAGACAGGCCAGGAUGAUUUUACAUGCUGCUUUAUCUGCUGAAUCAGGAAGUUUCUAUAUGGCUCUUUCUAGAAGAAGAAUUUCCAUCUAAACAGGCUUUUGUCUCUGAUACCUUGAGGCCUCUAAUUAAUUACAUUUUAGACUGAAUCGGGGAGAAUUCGGGUUCACACUAGCCACUUCCUGUUGCUGGAUAAUAGGACCCAGUAGCUAUUUUGGAGAGUUACUUUUUAAAGCAAGUGUUAAAAGGCUGGGAAAAUGUGUCUCAUAAGCAUCUAGGCUUUGAAAACUCAGUCUAAUAAAACCUACUUUUAUUUGUGAGUGCCAGCACUACUGACAUCUCUUUUGUAAUACCUUAAUAUCCUAAGCUUUUAGAAAGCCUGUGAAUUUGUUGCUUGUUUGCACAUUUUAUAAAUGUGUGUUUUACAAAUGUAUUUCUUAUUAACAUAGAUGAUGCUACUUCACUUUUGGCUUACUUUCUCUACACUGCAAAUAGAACUCUUUUCUAAAGUGGUUUUCCUUGACUAUUGUUGAUACAUCUAGAAAGUUAUUACUCUGGAGAAAGAAAUGAUAGGAUUAUUUGAUGCUGAAUGCCAUGUUCCCUGUUGGGUUAAUAUAGGAAAUCGCAAUCACUGUCUCUCUCAGUGUUUUUCACUUUGUUAUUCUGAUGGGAAAUAUAACUUCACUAAUUGGAAGUGAAACUGCUGAUAAAAUGCCUUUUAAUUAUCAAGAGUAUGUAGUUUGUGAACAUUGAAAACAGUACAUAUUUUCAGAGUAAUUUAUUUAAAAUAUUCCUAUUUUUAUGAUUUUUAAGCACAGUUUUUAAGAACAAGUAUGAUAUUGCCUGGAGGCAUUUGGACAAACUCUUUUGCUGUUGAAAUGGACUGUUUUCCACUGGCUGAAAAGUUCUGCCGUUUUCACUAAGAAUAUGACUCUCACAAGUUAAGUAUUAUUCAACAUCAAUACAUGUGUACAGAAUCCUAUAUAUGAAUCUGAUGUAGCAGUCUGAAAGAUGACAAGGAAGGAGAAAGUGUACUCAUUUGCCUAGAAUGACCUCAUGCCAGGAACCAAUAAUAAUUUGUUUGGAAAAGCAAAAAUACAGGUAGAAUUGUAUUUUUAGUAGAGGCAGAUGGGUCAGGGCAAAGCAGGGGAUGUCCUAUUAGUCUGUAAAUGUUACUGGCAUAUGAAAGGAGUUAAAAUAUUUAUACUGUCAGAAAUACAGUGGGGAAUGUGUAUCUCCAACUUCUGACAGAAAUGUGCAAAUAGGGAAUAUGUGACCUGGAAUGCCUGGCACCCCAAGGAGGUAUUGAUCUUAGUGCUUCAGAAAUAUGUUGGGACAGAAUAAUUAGAUCACUGCAGAUCAUCAGAACACCUAAUUUAUGACACAAUUUCUUCAUGUUAGGGAAGCUAUAGAAACAUCUGCUUACAAGGAAACAGUUGAAAACAUUUGCCAUAAGACGUUGUUUGAGAAAUUGGACUGACUUCUCUCUCAGUUUUAGCUCAAUCUGCAUUACAUUAGACCACAUGGCAUUACUGGGCAGUUUAUCAAAGUUACCAUUUUAGUUGCCUUUACCACAGGAGCUGAACUUGAAUACAAGAAGAAGAUACAUAAUCACUGCAAAGUACCUUUCCUUACACUCGGGUGAUACCAAGAACCAAGGAGUCAUUUUGAAUAGCUUACUGAAUUACUGUACCAGAGCUUAAAAUAAAUUAACCUGAAGUUUCAUCCUAUUCCAUUCAAUCUUUUCAGUCAGCACUAUACAAAAUGUUUCACGUUUCCUUUUCCAGCACUAUAAUACUGCAGUUGGAUCACCAAAUAAAGAUUUAAAUACACUUAUGUGUGGGAGCUCCUGGAGGGAAUUUCAUGCUUUGAAGUGAGAUUAUGUCAUCUUCUUCAAAACAAAACCAAGAACAAUAGGGUUUUCUUUAUUUUCUAUUUUGUUUUCAGGAACUACAGUCACCAUAAUAUAAAAUAUCGUUUGGAUAUCAUUUUGGGUAUUUUGAUGGAACUUGCCUAACCAAUAGCUAACCAUAUCUUGUGAACACAUAACCAAUGUGAUACUCCAUUUUUUCCUGUAUGAAUGCCUUUAUUAACCUUCUCUUCUUUGGUACAGGAGCAAUAACAAACUGUGGUAGAUAAAAUGCAAAAGACAUUUGAGAAGCCUGUGUGUUAGCUAUUAUAGUUAAGUAUAGCACAAAUAUCUGUUGAAUGCAGAUUUUCAAUGUGGCAUGUGCAUGCAUAGAAAUUAGAACAGCCAGCAGCAUUAAAGUAGUGCCAGAGCAGUUUUCAUCUCCAAGGUGAAUUUGAAACUAAUUCUGUGAUUUGAGAUUGACAGAAGUCACACCCUAAAAUAUAGCCUUAAACCUUUAGACUGUGUGUUCACAUUUCCCUAACACAGGAAAUGACUCAUUGAAAUGUUUAUUCUUCACAUUGUGGUCUACUGUCCCCAGGAAAAUAAGAAUCUAUUUACUUCGUAAGGUAUCAGUGCUUCUUAUCAGACUGUGCAAUAUCCGUGCCCAGGAUUGGUACUGGUCAAUAUUUGGUAUUUUGUUUUGUAGAGGGCAGUAGCUGUGUGUAAUACUUGGGUAUCAUGGUCUUAAAUUGCAUCUGGCUGUAUUAUCAUCACCUUGAACUAUGAUCAUUGCUUUGAUUUAUUUUCCGUUUGAGUAAUGCUGCAUGGUUUGUAGGCAGUGCAUGGCCCAGUAUUUCCUAAGUGUUACUAUUUACAAGAAUGACAAAUAAAAUACUGCAUCAGGAAUGAUGCUUAGUAAUGACAUUUUAUCCUUGCAACUCCAUCCCUUUGUGAGGAGCACUGUGUGGGCCCUGGGAGCAAGAGUGGAAUCAGGAACUGUUCAGUCUCCUUGUUAUUGGGGCCUGUUGGGACACCGAGAUAAUUGAGAGAAAGUAAUGUGGUACGAAGGGAGCAUCUUUCCAUGUUAUGUUUGAACAUGGAACUGGUAAGAAAGGAAACCUGGAGGAGAGUUGGAACCUCUCUACUGUUCUUUUUCUGUCCUUUUCACAAGGAAGACCCCUUUUUUGCAGCGUUGGAAAUGAGGAGUUUUAAGUCACAUAGCUUUGAUAAACCAUAUCUUUACUAUUUAUAUUAUUGUAGUCAUAAAAGGAUAAAAUGUUUUUUCCCCAUUUAUGUUCUGAUAUUAUUUCCUUAUUCCUAGUUCCUUAUUAAAUUGUUUCCUUAAUGUCCUUGAUGUUUUUAUGUUAUCAUACUGUUUGCCUACUGCACACUGAUCACUGAUGAUACUAGUUAUUACUUACUACCCCACUUUGUGGAACAGAUAAUUGUUUCCCUGCAUAUAUAACAAGAAAACAGCUCAUUGUGCUUUCAUGCAUUAAGUGCAUCUCUUCUGCCUUCUGUUGGGGCUCUACUACAAAAAUAUGGCAAGGAAUGUGUGUGUGAUUGUUCUAUUUUUAGCCAAUUGUUGCAUGUUUUGUAAAUAACCUUUACUUAUUUUAAAAUGUGCUAGUAAAGCAAAUCCAUAAUAAAAUGUGAAGACA